UUGGCGCCAAACUACCCAUGGCUGGACGCGCUACUACACAAAGUAACGCCAUCCCAGCCUGGAGGAAAAGAAUCGAGGACCGUAUCGCAAAGGCAAAGGGCCCUUAUCGGCAGACUGACAAGCUUCAGGUCGGGUAAUAAUAGACCGAGGAUUAUGCGCACCGUUAGGAUGGCGUUUGCUGGGACAAAUAUCAGUUUGUCCCAGCCGGAUAUCACGCAGAAACUAACGGAGCGCAUAGACGACCUGAAGCAAAAGAUCGCUGCUUGGGGGAAGCGGAUUCGACGAUUUUCCGAGGGGUCAAGGCGGUUCAACCAGAAUCGUCUCUUCCAGAGUGAUCAGAAGAGGCUCUAUAAAUUAUUGGAGCGACCAAAGGUAUGUGGAGCGGGCCAAGGACCGGAUCAGGCUGACAUUAUCGCAUUCUGGCGUGGCCUGUGGUCAGAGCCCGUAAACCACAGUGAGGGCCCUUGGAUGGAAGUUGUGGCGAGCCAGGGUGCGAGUGUUACGCCUAUGGACCCCAUCACCAUAACGCCAGAAGACGUGGCUGAGGCGGUCCGUAGGGCCCCGAACUGGAAAAGUCCGGGGCUCGACGGGCUGCAUCAUUACUGGCUGAAGGGGUUCGUAGUGUGUCACGCUGUGCUCGCCCGACAGUUUCAAGAGGCUCUCGACCAGAAGUCGCUCCCGAGCCUCUUCACUACUGGGAUCACUCACUUGGUUCCUAAAGAUCAGGAUACCACAGACCCGAGCAAAUACCGCCCCAUCACGUGGCCGCUGCCUGGGGGUCGCCGGGGCGCGUCUGGAGCUGGCGCUGGACGCGGCAGCAUGCGGGCCGCCAGCCGAGCGCGAGGAGCUGCAAGAACACCUAACAGCCCCCCGCAUCCAUCAUCCCCACCAGACGGCUUGAUGUCGGCAGGGUCCUCUCGGACUCGGCAAGCGGCAUCCGCCGCUGGUGGAGUGCGCCGCAUGCGUUGGACAAGGGAUAUGAACGCAAACGCAUUGCGGGCGUACUAUAGGGCGAAAGGGGAAGAAACUGCGGGGAUAGCGUAUCGGGCUCGGAUGCAUUGCUUUUUUGCUGAGCUGGAGCCGUCUAUUCCCGUCAAGGAACAAAACCUGGCAGACCGAGUUCGGUACAUCAUGCGCUCGAAAAUAUUCGAUGAUGCCGAGCUCGAACGACUACGACGUGAGGCCAUUCCCUCAUCGAAUGAAUUGGCUACGGCUGGGGAUGCGGCUCCUCAGGCGACAGACCAGCUGCCACGCGUAGAAGCCGCCAUGGAUCUUCCAGUUGUGGUUGAUUCAGAUGAUGAUGAAAUGGUCUCCCACGAACUAGAGCAAAUGAGGAGUAUAUUGGAAGAGGCGAUUUUGGAAACGCGCAGCAUGCCUCUCGAAAAUCGACCGCGACUUCCCCGCAUACCUCUAAGCAAGCGAAAUCGGGCUGUCGUGAGGGCUCUUAACCCAAUGCUGGUAACCUAUUUGGAAGCCAGCCGGGACCUUUGCGAGACGGACUCAGUUCUUUUUGGCGCCGCAGUGGCAGCUUGCCGUAUUAUUGGCGCCAGACUUCCCAUGGCUGGACGCGCUACUAAACAAAGUAGCGCCAUCCCAGCCUGGAGAAAAAGAAUUGAGGACCGUAUCGCAAAGGCAAGGGCCCUUAUCGGCAGACUGAUAAGCUUCAGGUCGGGUAAUAAUAGACCGAGGGUUGUGCGCACCGUUAGAAUGGCGUUUGCUGGGACAAAUAUCAGUUUGUCCCAGCCGGAUAUCACGCAGAAACUAACGGAGCGCAUAGACGACCUGAAGCAAAAGAUUGCUGCUUGGGGGAAGCGGAUUCGCCGAUUUACUGAGAGGUCAAGGCGGUUCAACCAGAAUCGUCUCUUCCAGAGUGAUCAGAAGAGGCUCUACAAAUCAUUGGAGCGACCAGAGGUAUGUGGAGCGGGCCCAGGACCGGACCAGGCUAACACUGUCGCAUUUUGGCGUGGCCUGUGGUCAGAGCCCGUAAACCACAGCGAGGGCCCUUGGACGGAAGUUGUGGCGAGUCAGUGUGCGAGGAUUACGCCCAUGGACCCCGUCAUCAUAACGCCGGAUGACGUAGCUGAGGCGGUCCGUAGAGCCCCGAACUGGAAAAGUCCGGGACUCGACGGACUGCAUCACUACUGGCUGAAGGGGUUCAUGGUGUGUCACGCUGUGCUCGCCCGUCAGUUUCAAGAGGCUCUCAACCAGAAGUCGCUCCCUAGCCUCUUCACUACUGGGAUCACUCAUUUGGUUCCUAAAGACCAGGCCCGCUUGUGCACAUGGCCUCAACAUGAAACGGCGCCGGGUCUGGGCGUCUCCCGUUACAUGACGCCCACACUAUGGAUGAUGGAAUACGGAAGAUCGCGCAAGGGGCCGCUGCCUGGAGGUCGCCAGGGCGCGUCUGGAGCUGGCGCUGGACGCGGCAGCAUGCGAACCGCCAGCCGAGCGCGAGGUGCUGCACGACCACCCAGCAGCCCCUCGCAUCCAUCAUCUCCACCAGCUGGCUUGGUGUCGGCAGGGUCUUCGCGGGCCCAGCAAUCGGCACCCGCCUCUGGUGGAGUACGCCGCAUGCGUUGGACAACCCAGAUGAACAGCAACGCAUUGCGGGCGUAUUUUAGGGCGAAAGGGGGAGAAACUGGAUGUUUGGCUUAUCGGGCUAGGAUGCAUCGUCUUUUUGCUGAGCUGGAGCCAUCUUUAACCGUCACAGAGCAAAACCUGGCAGACCGAGUUCGGUAUAUCUUGCGCUCAAAUAUAUUUGAUGUCGCCGAACUCGAACGGCUACGACGUGAGGCUGUUCCCUCGUCGGAUGAGAAUGCUACGGCUGAGGAUGCGGCGCCACAAAUGGCAGAGCAACCCGCAAACGUGGAUACCGCCGUGAAUACCCCAGUUGUGGUUGAUUCCAGCGAUGAUGGAACAGUCGCCCAGGAACUGGAAUUAGAGCAUAUGAGGAGUACAUUGGAAGAGGCGAUUGUGGAAACGCGCAGUACGCCUCUCGAAAAUCGACCGCGACUUCCCCGCAUAGCCCUAAGCAAGCGGAAUCGGGCUGUCGUGAGGGCUCUGAACCCAAUGCCGGUGACCCAUUUGGAAGCCAGCCGGGACCUUUGCGAGACGGACUCAAUUCUUUUUGGCGCCGCGCUGGCAGUCUGCCGUAUCAUAGGCGCCAAGGUUUCCACGGCUGGACGCGCUACUGGCCAUAGUAGCGCUAUCCCAGCAUGGAGAAGAAGAAUUGAGGAACGUAUCGCAAAGGCUAGAGCUCUCAUCGGCAGACUGAUAUGCUUCAGAUCAGGCAACAACAGGCCAAGAAUUGUGCGCACCGUCAGGAUGGCGUUUGCUGGGACAAAUGUCAGUUUGUCCCAGCCGGAUAUAACGCAAAAACUGACGGAGCGCAUAGAUGAUCUGAAGCAGAGAAUCGCUGCUUGGGGAAAGCGGAUUCGGCGAUAUACCGAGAGGUCGACACGGUUCAACCAGAAUCGUCUCUUCCAGAGUGAUCAGAAGAGGCUCUAUGAAUCAUUGGAGCGACCAAUGGUAAGUGGAACGGGUCCAGCACCGAAUCAGGCCGACACUGUAGCAUUCUGGCGCGGCCUGUGGUCAGAGCCCGUAAACCACAGCGAGGGCCCUUGGACGGAAGUUGUGGCGAGUCAGUGUGCGGGUAUUACGCCCAUGGACCCCGUCAUCAUAACGCCGGAUGACGUAGUUAAGGCGGUCCGUAGGGCCCCGAACUGGAAAAGUCCGGGGCUUGACGGGCUGCAUCACUACUGGCUGAAGGGGUUCAUGGUGUGUCACUCUGUGCUCGCCCGACAGUUUCAAGAGGCUCUCGAUCAGAAGUCGCUCCCGAGCCUCUUCACUACUGGGAUCACUCAUUUGGUUCCUAAAGACCAGGAGCUGGAGCCAUCUCUAUCCGUCACUGAGCAAAACCUGGCAGACCGAGUUAGGUACAUCCUGCGCUCCAACAUAUUUGGUGACGCCGAACUCGAGCGACUACGACGUGAGGCUAUUCCUUCAUCGAAUGGAAAUGCUACGGCUGGGAAUGCGGCGCCACUAGAUGCGCAACAAACUGCAUAUGUGGAUGCUGCCGUCAACAUUCCAUUUGUGGCUAAUUCAGACGAUGAUGGAAUAGUCUCCCACGAACUAGAGAAAAUGAGGAGCAUAUUGGAAGAGUCGAUGCUGGAAACGCGCAGCAUGCCUCUCGAAAAUCGACCGCGACUUCCCCGCAUACCCCUUAGCAAGCGAAAUCGGGCUGUCGUGCGGGCUCUUAACCCAAUGCUGGUGACCUAUUUGGAAGCCAGCCGGGACCUUUGCGAGACGGAUUCAAUUCUUUUUGGCGCCGCACUGGCAGUAUGCCGUAUUAUUGGCGCCAAACUUCUCGUGGCUGGACGUGCUACUCAAAAAAGUAGCGCCAUCCCAGCCUGGAGAAAAAGAAUUGAGAACCGUAUCGCAAAGGCAAGGGCCCUUAUCGGCAGACUGACAAGCUUCAGGUCGGGUAAUAAUAGACCGAGGAUUAUGCGCACCGUUAGGAUGGCGUUUGCUGGGACAAAUAUCAGUUUGUUCCAGCCGGAUAUCACGCAAAAACUAACGGAGCGCAUAGAUGACCUGAAGCAAAAAAUCGCUGCUUGGGGGAAGCGGAUUCGACGAUUUAGCGAGAGGUCAAGGCGGUUCAACCAGAAUCGUCUCUUCCAGAGUGAUCAGAAGAGGCUCUAUAAAUCAUUGGAGCGACCAGAGGUAUGUGGAGCGGGCCCAGGACCGGAUCAGGCUGACACUGUCGCAUUUUGGCGUGGCCUGUGGUCAGAGCCCGUAAACCACAGCGAGGGCCCUUGGAUGGAAGUUGUGGCGAGCCAGAGUGCAAGUGUUACGCCUAUGGACCCCGUCACCAUAACGCCUGAAGACGUGGCUGAGGCGGUCCGUAGGGCCCCGAACUGGAAAAGUCCGGGGCUCGACGGGCUGCAUCAUUACUGGCUGAAGGGGUUCGUAGUGUGUCACGCUGUGCUCGCCCGACAGUUUCAAGAGGCUCUCGAUCAGAAGUCGCUCCCGAGCCUCUUCACUACUGGAAUCACUCAUUUGGUUCCUAAAGAUCAGGAUACCACAGACCCGAGCAAAUACCGCCCCAUCACGUCUCUUUGUUUCUAA